UUGACUGGGGCUUCACCGAGAGAGCAGAGCCCUACAAGUGUGAAUGAGGAUUAGCACUGAAAAUAUAUGUUGAGAUGGAAAGGCCGAGAAACUGUAUAAAGAAUUUUAAAAAAUGAUGAAUCUAUCAUCCACAAUGAAGGCAUAUGGAUGCCGCUAUUGCGUGUCACCAUUAAAGCAUCUCUUACACACCACUAAUCACCAUCUCCGUUUUCGACCACGCUCUCCUCCCUUAUUCUCUUCUUCAUUUAACAAUCUUAAGCUCCCUAACUUUAAUCUUCUUCUCACUUAUAACUCUCUCUUCUUCACCACGGAGCACUUGUGGGGUCGAAGUGGGAUGAACACUAACAAGAAAAUGGUGGAGCAUUUGCAGCAGUAUGGGGUGAUUUCAUCCGAGAAAGUUGCUCGAGUAAUGGAGACUAUCGAUAGGGCGUUAUUUGUACCAGAUAGGACCCCAGCUUAUGCUGACUGUCCGCAGGAAAUAGGUUACAAUGCUACCAUUUCUGCACCUCAUAUGCAUGCUACCUGCCUUCAAUUAUUGGAGGAAAAAUUGCAGCCUGGCAUGCAUGCUUUAGAUGUUGGCUCAGGAACUGGCUACUUGACUGCUUGCUUUGCAAUGAUGGUUGGACCACAGGGCCGAGCCAUCGGUGUUGAACACAUUCCCGAACUGGUUGCUUCUUCCAUAAACAAUAUUGAAAAAUCUGCGGCGGCUCCAUUGUUGAAAAAAGGCUCUCUUUCGAUGCAUGUCGGCGAUGGAAGGGAAGGUUGGCCAGAAUGUGCACCCUAUGAUGCUAUACAUGUCGGGGCAGCAGCACCGGAAAUGCCUCAGGCACUCCUCGAUCAAUUAAAGCCCGGUGGCAGGAUGGUGAUUCCUGUAGGAAAUAUAUUCCAAGAUUUGAAAGUAGUUGACAAAAAUCCGGAUGGCUCGAUUAGCAUCCGAAGCGAGAGUUCUGUCCGGUAUGUUCCUUUGACGAGUCGUGAUGCUCAGUUGCAGAGUUAAUUGAAUUCGGAAAAUGCAUCAAUUGGCUUAAAGCUUGUUUGAAACUUUAUCCAUUGUGCUGCAGAAUGCUAGUAGUUUAAUGGUUCAUUUUCCAUAAUGCUACUAGUUUAAUGGUUCAUUUUCCAUAAUGCUAGGAAUAUAUCCCCAUUAUGGGAUAUGAGUAUGUUUACUGUUUCACUUCUUAUGUUUUCUUUUAUUCGGAUAUAAAUAUUUUAAUAACAUCUGCCGAUAUUAUCUAAAA